UUUCAGCUUGGCUAUCAAGCCAAGCAGACUUGCAGAAGCCAGGAGAGGCCCUCCUGCCCCGAGCCCCCGGUCACCAUGAGGAUUGGUCACAACCCCCGACUCUGCCUGGUACCCUUGAUCCUGGGCCUCUUGUGUGGAGGUGUGGGCAUGACACCACUGCCUGAGGCCGAGCCUCAAAGCCCCUGCUCUCUGGAGGGAGUAGAGAUCAAAGGUGGCUCCUUCCGGCUUCUCAAGGCAGGCCAGGUGCUGGAGUACUUGUGUCCUUCUGGCUUCUACCCAUAUCCUGUGCAGAUUCGCACCUGCAGAUCCACAGGGUCCUGGAGCACCCUGCAGACUCAAGACAGAAAGAUUGUCAAGAGGGCUGAAUGCAAAGCAAUUCGCUGUCCCAGACCACAGGAUUUUGAGAAUGGGGAGUACUGGCCCCGCGCUGCCUACUACAAUUUGAGCGAUGAGAUCUCUUUCCGCUGCUAUGAUGGCUACACUUUUCGGGGCUCUGCCAAUCGCACCUGCCAAGGGAAUGGUCGGUGGGAUGGGGAAACGGCCAUCUGUGAUGAUGGAGCGGGGUACUGCCCCAACCCGGGCAUCCCCCUUGGCACGAGGAAGGUGGGCAGCCAGUACCGCCUUGAAGAUCGUGUCACCUACUACUGCAACCGGGGGCUCACUCUACGUGGUUCCCAGCAGCGAACAUGCCAGGAAGGUGGCUCUUGGAGUGGAACGGAGCCUUCCUGCCAAGACUCUUUUAUGUACGACACUCCUGCAGAGGUGGCCGAAGCCUUCCUGUCUUCCCUGACAGAGACCAUAGAAGGAGUUGAUGCCGAGGAUGGGCACAGCCCAGGGGAACAACAGAAGAGAAAGAUUGUCCUGGACCCCUCAGGCUCCAUGAACAUCUACCUGGUAUUGGAUGGAUCAGACAGCGUGGGGGCCCACAACUUCACAGGGGCCAAGAAUUGUCUCAGAGAUUUCAUCGAGAAGGUGGCAAGCUACGGGGUGAAGCCAAAAUAUGGUCUAGUGACAUAUGCCACAGAACCCAAAGUUUUGAUCAAAGUGUUCGAUCCAAAGAGCAGCGACGCAGACUGGGUCACAGAGCAGCUCAACCGAAUCAACUACGCAGAUCACAAGUUGAAAGCAGGGACCAACACCAAGAGGGCGCUCCUGGAAGUGUACAACAUGAUGAGCAGAGAUAUAAACAACCUCAAAGAGACCUGGAACCGCACGCGCCACGUCAUUAUCAUCAUGACUGACGGUUUGCACAACAUGGGUGGGGAUCCAGUCACUGUCAUUCACGAUAUUCGGUACUUGCUAGACAUUGGUAGAAAUCGCAAAAACCCCAGGGAGGAUUAUCUGGACAUCUAUGUGUUCGGGGUUGGACCUCUAGUGAACCAAGAGAACAUCAAUGCUUUGGCCUCCAAGAAGGAUAAAGAGCAACACGUGUUCAAACUCCAGGGCAUGGAAAACCUGGAGGAUGUUUUCGUCCAAAUGCUUGAUGAAAGCCGGACACUGGGUCUCUGUGGCAUGGUUUGGGAGCACAAGGAUGGUACUCCCUACCACAAGCAACCAUGGCACGCCAAGAUCUCAGUCAUUCGCCCUUCGAAGGGGCAUGAGAGCUGUAUGGGUGCUAUCGUGUCUGAGUACUUCGUGCUGACGGCUGCACACUGUUUCACUGUGGAUGAUGAGAAACACUCAAUCAAGGUCAGCAUGGGAGAAAACAGGCAGGAGUGGGAGGUAGAAGAAGUCCUAUUUCAUCCAAACUACAACCUCAAUGCAAAAAAAGCAAAAGGCAUUCCUGAGUUUUAUGACUAUGACGUGGCCCUCAUCAAGCUCACAAAGAAGCUCAAGUAUGAGACCACCAUCAGGCCCAUUUGUCUCCCCUGCACUGAGGGAUCGAUUCAAGCCUUGAGGCUUCCAAGGUCAACUACGUGCCAGCAACAGAUGCAAGAGCUACUCCCUGCCAAGGACAUCGAAGCUCUGUUUGUGUCUGAGUCUAAGAGGACCCUGACUCGGAAGGCAGUCUACAUCAAAAAUGGGGACAAGAAAGCCAGCUGUGAGAGAGACGCUCUACAUGCCCCAGGUUACGACAAAGUCAAGGACGUCUCUGAGGUAGUCACCCCCAGGUUCCUCUGCACUGGAGGUGUGGAUCCCUACGCUGACCCCAACACUUGCAAAGGUGAUUCUGGUGGCCCCCUGAUCAUUCACAAGAGGAGCCGCUUCAUUCAAGUUGGCGUGAUCAGCUGGGGCGUCGUGGACGUUUGCAAGCGGCCACAGCAAGUACCUGGUUAUGCUCGAGACUUUCACAUCAACCUCUACCACGUGCUGCCCUGGCUCAAGGAAAAACUCAAAAAUGAGGAUCUGGGUUUUCUAUAAGGGGUUUCCUGCUGGAAAGGGGCAUGAGACCAAAUUAAAACAUCUGCGACAA